AUGAAGCUUAGCUUCGCCGCACUUGCAGCGCUCGCUGUACCAGCAUUUUCACAGUCCACGAUAGCCGGACCCGUCACACCUGUGGUAACACCUCCAUGGGCGACUUCAGAUCUCCCUAGAUGGUCGUCGUUCUACAACUCGCUCGUUUCCGCCGGCAAGAUUCCCUCAACCUUGACAGCCGCACCUUGGCCCACUGGUGGAUACGGACCUGGAUCAGGACCAUGGGGUCCGGGAAAACACGAUGACGAUGAUGAUAAUGACGGUCCUGGAGGUCGCGGCGGACCUGACGGACCCGGCCCAUGGGGAACAGGCAGCUACGGCCCCUGGAGCGAUUGGGCGACCAAGUCUGACUGGCGUUCAGGUCCCUGGACAGGAUGGUGGGGCGGCAGUGCAUGCCCGCCUUCAGACUGGCCAGGUUGGACUGCUGGACCAUGGAGCACUGCGGCACCGUGGACGACAUGGUCAGGAUGUACAGCUAGCACAACCUCAACGAGCGUGGGAACUGCUACUGUGAACGGAACGACUACACCAACUACGGCGUACGGCCUUCAGGUUGCAGCUGCUAGUGGUACAGGCGCUGCUACCACAGGGAGUACUGGUGGGGCUGAUGUGAAGACCGCGAGUUUGGGGCUCGCUAUUGGUGCUGCUGUGCUUGGAUUAGCUGUCGUUCUCUGA